CCUCCUCUCCUGCUUUUCUCCGCCCCAGCCCCCGCCCCCAAGCCUCCGCCCCUUAGCCCCCGCCCCCAGCUGCCAGUCCCCAGCAGCUCAGUCCUGCAGUGAGAGUCUUGGGAGUCCAUAGCUAAGCACCAGGAGCUGAGCCCUGUCCGCUGUGCCUGCCUGCAAGUCUCCGACAUGGCUCAGGAGAAAAUGGAGCUGGACUUUGAGCCUGAUACAUCUGAUGGGGGCACCCUGAGGAGAUCCAGCAGCGCUCCCCUGAUCCAUGGGCUCAGUGAACUUUCCCAGGUUUUUCAGCCUUAUACCUUUAGAACUCGGAGGAAUAGUACAACGAUUAUGAGCCGUCAUAGCCUGUUGCUGUCGUCCUCGCCUAACCGUGUUCCUAGCAGCAGGCUGCAUCAGAUCAAAAGGGAGGAAGGCAUGGAUAUGAUGAACAGGGAAACUGCACAUGAACGGGAAGUGCAGACAGCAAUGCAGAUAAGCCAGUCAUGGGAUGAGAGCUUGAGCCUGAGUGACAGCGAUUUUGAGAAGCCGGAGAAACUGUAUUCUCCUAAAAGGAUUGACUUCACCCCGGUGUCUCCAGCACCAUCGCCCACUAGAGGAUUUGGAAAGCAAUGUUUUUCACCAUCCUUACAAAUGUUUGUGAGCAGCAGCGGGCUGCCCCCGAGCCCCGUUCCUAGUCCGAGACGCUUCACCAGGAGGAGUCAGAGUCCAGUCAAGUGCAUCAGGCCCAGUGUUCUUGGUCCUCUGAAAAGAAAAGGUGAAAUGGAGACAGAAAGCCAGCCCAAGAGGCUCUUCCAAGGCACUACCAGCAUGCUGUCUCCAGAGGCUGCACAACUGUCUGAUCUCAGUUCAUGGUGGUGUUAUCAAGGAGAAGAAAUCCCUGCCUUGACCAGAUGUGUGGAGCAUCUACAAAUGAAUGAAUAAUGUUAUUUACACCCAAAGCGCUGUGUAGAAAAGCAUGCAUGGGGCUUGACAGCUUGUCUCGGUGGUAUUACGAGGCCUGAGGUGCCUUGGGGUACAGUGUUGUGCUGUAAAGAUGGAUGUCUUAAGGUAGGGUAGAAAAGGGGGCUUUAAUGUGUCUGAUUGCCACAUACUGUUUCGAUUGCUGCUUUUUUUUUCUGAUUACUUUUCUGUCCUUGGAUUUGUCGGUUUUGUCGCGUGGUGAGUGCGUGCUGCUGCUGACUCUGUUUGGGUUAUCGUGUUGCCACCAGAGUCCAAAUCCAGUUCUUGUCGAUGCUGCCUCCUAGUAAGGGCAAUUUAAUAUCUGUGAGGAAGCUUUUAGGAGCUGAAAAAAGUCGAUGUUACUGUGCAUUCUGCUUUUAAGGAGCUGUUUGAGCUGUGAACAGUGUACAUGAUAGUAAGUCCGAGGUACCGUAAGUUAUUUAAUUUUUAAAAGAGGAAAAUCCUGAUAGAGCUAUUUAAAAAACAAAAAACCGAGUGUAAUCUAUCGUUGUGUUAUUUAUUAUUUAAAACCGUGUAAAAAUGUCUGUUGUGCUUGGUUGCUUUUUAAUGUUCAGACAUCGUGGUUGGAUUGUCUGUGUUUAAUAUGCAAAUUUGCCUGCUAGGAUCACAAUAUUCCACUUUUGAAAUGAAUGUAAGAAAUGGAAACUACUGCCCCUGUGUCCUUUGAAGGCAAAGAUUCUGAAUUUUGAAGGAAGAUGAUGCGCUUUGAGGGGGCUCACAGAAUAGUCCUACCGUAUGGCUUGAGGGGAAAGCUGUCCUCUUUGGCUUACAAGAGAGCAUCACUUAGCUUUGCAGUGAGUA